UGACCUUAGCUAAGAUGGCGGGUGCUUGAAUUGCCCGGGAUAGGAGAAAGAUGGGACAACAAACAACAAGUUUUCGUUGCUGAUAUCGUGCGAACAGAUCUCCUUAUCAUGCGACUUCUGAAGCCAAGUUGGGUCAACCAUGGUGGAAAGCCUAUUUUUUCAGUGGAUAUUCAUCCAGAUGGAUCUCGAUUGGCUACUGGCGGUCAAGGAGAAGAUUCAGGAAAGGUCGCCAUAUGGAAUAUGGGACCCAUCAAAGAUGAAAGGGAGGAGAAAGAUGACAGUAUUCCUAAACUCCUGUGUCAGAUGGACAACCACCUAGCGUGUGUGAAUUGUGUCCGGUGGUCCAGCAGUGGGAAGUAUCUAGCUUCUGCAGGAGAUGACAAACUGGUGAUGAUCUGGCAGAUAUCCAAUUAUGCAGGUGGAACCAGUGUAUUUGGAUCUGGCAAACAGAAUGUGGAGCAGUGGCGGCCUGCCAGUACACUCAGGGGACACACUGGAGAUAUUCUUGACUUGUCAUGGUCAGGUAAUGACGCCUGGCUGGCUACCUGUAGUGUAGACAAUACCAUCAUCGUGUGGAAUGCAGAGAAGUUCCCAGAACAAAUUGUUAUGCUGAAAGGACACAAAGGUCUCGUGAAGGGGGUGACAUGGGAUCCUGUCGGCAAGUACCUAGCCUCUCAGUCCGAUGACAGGAGUGUGAGGAUUUGGAGAACUAAGGACUGGCAGGAGGAAUCUGUGAUUACUGAACCGUUCCAGGAGUGUGGAGGUACAACCCAUGUUCUGAGACUGAACUGGUCCCCCGAUGGUCACUAUAUCGUGUCUGCUCACGCCAUGAACAACUCGGGACCGGUGGCCCAGAUCAUCGAGCGAGAUGGCUGGAAGUGUACUCUGGAUUUUGUGGGACAUCGGAAGGCCAUCACCUCUGUGAGAUUUAAUCCAAACAUCUUCUCCAAAAAAUCGAAAAAAUCAUCAGAAAAGGUACAGCAAUACACAUGUUGUGCUAUUGGAAGCAGAGACAGGUCAUUGUCUGUGUGGCUGACUUCAUUGAAACGGCCACUGGUUGUUCUUCAUGAUUUGUUCACCAAUUCCAUUUUGGAUAUCUCAUGGGGACAGAAUGGAAUGGAGUUAGUAGCUGGGUCUUGUGAUGGAAGUAUCGCCUAUGUAGACUUUAGCCCAGAAGAGAUUGGUGUGGCCCUAUCUCGGAAGGAGAUGAGCAUGUUUCUGGAGAAGAUUUAUGGGAGAUGCUUGACAGCGAAAACUCAAGGUAAUUCAGCCAAUCAGAUCAUAGAGUCAGCUGCUCUCCUCAAACUGCAACAACAGCAGAAACAGAAACAGGAGGAGGAGAAAAAACAGUUCCCACUAUCUAAACAGGAGACGCCGGAGAAAAUGGACACCUCCGGUAGUCGGUCUUCGUUGAUGAAUGGAUUGGAUGGACCAUUCAAGGUUCCUCAGCCAAGAGACAAGCAGAUAGAAACCAAGACACCUGAUGGGCGACGGAGGAUCACUCCAAUAUUUCUUUGUCCACAGCCAGAUGUCAAUGGCAGUGCUAUUCCUGCCCCAUAUAGUGCUAUAAGCAGCAGUAUAAAGUUCACGACAUCUAAAGACACCAGUAAGAUCCGGGUGGAGAAACAGAACAUUGUAACACGACCAGGUAUUGCUUCACCAUCACCCAAGUCAAACCAGACAGCCAGUAUGUCCUCACCUCCUGCAGGCUCUACUCCCAGGUCUAGCAGUGAGGCCACACCGAAAUUUAGCAUCAGGGCGGAGUCACCCAAACCAAUCAACACCCUCAUACAGCCAAUGGCAGCCCUUACACCUGUAAAGGAAAAUGUUGACAAACCAGAGAAGGUGAAAUCCAAGACGCUCGUUAUCACACCUGAGAGACCUGAAAAGGACAGGGUUAAGGACAAGAUGAAGGGUGUGAAGCGUAAACACGACGGGGCUCACGGGGAACGACUAGAGAGAAGGGGCCGACCUCGUAAAGUCGACAAGGAGAGAGCUCUAGCAGCAGCCAUGACAUCAACUCCCCUCACACCGCAAACCCACGUAGAGAAAGAGACUAUAAAAUAUAUAGCGACAAGCUCGGAACUCAAACUUCCAACACCAUCCGUAGAAAAGUCUUUCACCAAAUAUGUCCAUGGGCGUGCUGCUGAGGAGAAAUCUUUGAUGUUGGAGGUAACAAAUGACAUUCCUCUAGGAUCAAAUAAGGUACAUCGCAUCCAGUUAGUGCGGGAUGGUGUGCGGGAAUGGGAGCAGGUUCAUACUGCCAGGAUCCUGGCUGUUGAAGGCUCAAGGGAGGUCAUGUGUGUUGGUUGUGAAGAUGGGUCGGUACAUGUGUACUCAGGCUGUGGGCGUCGUCUAGUGCCGCAACUUGUUCUCAAUUCUCGAGUGGCAAGACUGUCAGUCAACGGCUAUUAUGUGAUGGCUCUUUCACAAAAAGGCAGCUUAUAUAUCUGGAAUAUGCAAACCAAAACUGCUGUGAUAAAAGAUGUUAACCUUUCCUCCAUCAUGUCAGGAGAGGAUACUAUUACACGAGCAUCCAUGACAACGGAUGGUGUUCCUAUGGUAACGCUGUCCAAUCACAAGUCUUUUACAUUCUCUUCAGAUCUGGGAUGCUGGGCGCUGUUAUAUAAUAAAGAUGAUCCACUACAGCACUGCUCAGACCACCAUAGCUACACACCAGCCACCUCUAUACUCAGGACUCCAGGCCCACUGGCCUCAUUACAACCUCUACAAGACAGACUUGGGUCCCUGGCUAGACGUGUGAUGAGUUCGGGUCACCACCUCCAACAGACAGCCACUAUUAGUCACCUAGAGUCCCAGCUCACGGCCUGUGUGUCCCUCCAGUCUGGAGCAGAGUAUAAGUUCUGGCUCCAUACCUACAUCCGCUAUAUUGUCAAAGAAGGUUUAGAGACAAAGCUGAGAGAGGUUUGUGACGAGUUAUUAGGUCCUAUAUAUAAAACCAAGCGCAAAUCUGCCUGGAAUAACUUCAUGUUGGGUAUGGACAAGCGAGAUAUCUUACAAGAAAUUCUACCUUUAAUUGGGAAAAAUCUAAAUCUACAGAGACUGUUCACAGAAUACCAGGAGCAGCUGGAUACCAUAGACAGGUGAAAAAUGCUUCAUGAAGUGGACAGAAGAUGUACCUGGGAUGUAUCCCUGUAAUCUGGAGAGCUCGCUUACAUCAGACUCCAUUGAUGCAAAUGUCAGAUUGUGCUAAAACCUUUCCUUGAAGCAUCAGGUUUUCUGUUGGAUACCACAAGAAGGUUUGCGGGAUCUGGAAAAGAUUCAUUUCACAUUUCAAGGGAAUCUGAGGGUUUUGAGCAAAGUUGUUAAAGAAACAACAAGCAUUAACAAAAUACCUAAUGGAAGCAUCAACAUAUCACGUACACAAUCAUUAUAAUAAUAAUAGUUUGAGGUUUUUAUAUACCGCUUUAUUACAACCUAGUUCGUAGGUCGUCUCAAAGGAGUUAACAAAUUAUCCUCGUGGUUAUAGGGCCUUUAUGGUGGGGACCAUACAGCAGGUGCUGCCAUUUAGGCACUCACAGCUAGCAUUUAACAAUUCCAGCACUGCCCAACUACAUAAUCGUUUACAGCUGAG